AUGGCGACUUCGACGACGAGCAACCGCUUCGCGCACCGCAUGCUCAGCCUCCACCGCCUCAUCAAGAACAACCUCGUCUCAUCUCUCCUCGGGGGCCACCGCCAGACCACGCGGCCGACGACGGGAACACCGGUGCCGCUUCCAGCAACACGCCUGCUCGGUAACAGCAAGACCGCCGCGGUUGUCGACGUCGACGCGCUGCUCCUGAAUUCUUCGAUGCCGUCUGCGGCGACUUUGUUCCCGCCUUUCUUCCUCGUCGCGGUCGAGGCUGGCAGCUUCGUCCGAGGCUUCCUCCUGCUGGCGCUCUACCCACUCCUCCGCGUCCUGAAGCACGGGGCGUGUUUAAAAGCCAUGGCCAUGGUCUCCUUCUGCGGGCUGCGGCGCAACGAGGCGGCGAGGAUCGGGAGGGCCGUGCUGCCAAAGUAUUUCUUCAAGGAGGCGGCGCACGUGGAGGCGCUAGCGAAGGUGGCCGGAGAGUCGCCGGAAGAGGUGAAGGUGGCGGCGGUCAGCAGGACUUUUCCAACGGUGAUGGUGGAGGCGUUCUUGAAAGAUUACGUUGGGUUCGACGCGGUGGUCGGCAGGGAGGUGAAGGCAGGUUACCGGUACUUCGCCGACGUGAUGGAGGACGAGAAGACGGACACAACGAUGGAGAAGCUUAUCGAUGGGCUAAAGCAGACCGAGAUGAAAAAUACGUGCCAUUACCCGAAGCCCAUGAUCUUCCACGACGGUCGGCUGGCGUUCACGCCGACACCGGCUUCCGCGCUCGCCAUGUACAUCUACUUCCCUUUCGCCAUCGUCCUCGCCGUCGUCCGCAUCGCCAUCUACACCAUACUCCCCCGGCGCAUGACGGGCGUCGCCGCCGCACUUGCCGGCGUGCGGGUGCGCGUCACCGGCGCCCCUACUUCCGCGGUCGACGGAGCCACGGCAGGCGGCCGGCUCUACGUGUGCAACCACCGCACGCUCCUCGACGCGAUCGCCAUCUCCAGUGCGCUCGGGAAGUCCGUCUUCGCCGUGACAUACAGCCUGGGCCGCCUGUCCGAGCUCAUCUCGCCCAUCCCGCUGCUCCGGCUGACCCGCGGCCGCGAGGAGGACCGGCGCCGCAUGGCGUUGCUGCUGGCGCGGGGUGACGUCGUCGUUAGCCCCGAGGGCACCACGUGCCGCGAGCCGUACCUGCUCCGGUUCAGCCCGCUGUUCGCGGAGCUUGCCGACGAGGUGAGUCCCGUGGCGGUGGACGAGCGCUCGACCAUGUUCUACGGCACGUCGACGUCGCCAAUCGACAAGUGUUUCGACUCGGUGUACUUCUUGAUGAACCCUCGACCGGAGUACUCCGUCCACUUCCUGAAGCCGGUGCCCACCGGCGGCCAGAACAGCAGCAUCGAGGUGGCGAACCAGGUGCAGCGGGUGCUCGCCGACGCGCUGGGGUUCACGCCCACGGCGCUGACGAGGAAGGACAAGUACAUGCUGCUCGCCGGCAACGAAGGGACAGUGGCGACGAAGAAAAGCAAUUAGUAGGAGUGAAGUGAGGUGUUGGUUUUGGGUAUAUUUAGUUUAACUGCAUAAUUCUUUCUUGUUAGUUGCAUGUCAGAACGGUGAAUUGAGUUUGUUUGGAAUGCUAGAAUUUAUUAUUUUUUGUAAGAGAAGUCAGAUUAAUUUAGUCCAUUUACUGCAAGGCAGGAAAAGAGAGAAAAAAAAGGUCCGACCCAAGUUGUCUUGAAAAAUAAUAAUGAAUCAGUCGAUUAGUUCGACACGGUAGAGCCGUUAGAUAAACAACGAACAUACAGAGAAACCAUCGAUCAAGGCCGAGUUUAACUUUGGUCAACAAUGAAGCAAUGGGGAAAAAGAGGUAUGUCUUCUCGCGAAAGAAGACCCCCUUUAUAUAGGACAAAAAUCUAACCGUUAUGCAUUGGUUGUGCUUUAAGCGGUACUACCGCUUAGCACGGUAAAAGCGACCCAACGAGCACCGAUCCGAUACUAGCAUAUUAGUUUCGCCGAAGGGACAUACAGAGAAACCAGCGGUAGUUUUGCACGACACCAGAGCGGAAGUACCGCACAAAGCGAUACUAUCGUUAAUGCUAGCGGCACUACCGCAAAUUAUUGGAUGACAUCCAGACAAACCCACGGUAGUGCCCGCGACAUCUUCACGAAAGUAUCACCUAAGCGGUACUAUCACCAGUUGCAAGCGGUACUACCGUGAUUUACCUGAAGCCUAACGGAGAACUCAACGGUAGUAGUCGCGGUACAACCAGCAGAAGUACCGCCUAAGUGGUACUACCGCUUAGCCUCUGCCAAUAAGCCCAGUGCACAACAGAUGAAUCGCUCCAAGGUUGGGGAAGGACAUGUCGGUGCAUAUAGUUUGUGUACGUUUUGAUUUCAAAGAGACCUUUCAACGCGAAACCCCUCUUAAUAGAACAGAUUUCCUAUUCAAAUCAAUUGAAAAAAAAAA